AGUGUGCCUCUCCCGCUGGCUCUCCACUCCUCAUUCUGCCUGGGAACGACAGGCAGCAGGAUGUGGCUGCUUCGUCCGUGUUGCUGAAGUUUACAGUGUUGAGUUCCUGCUUCCUCUCGGGACAAUGUAUGCUUUUUGCUAAGAACUAAUAAUGAAGACUAUCCUAAGAAAGCCAGAGCCAAAGGCGUUGACCAGAGCACUGCAGGGGGAACAAGAGCUUCACUGAGAGAGAGAGAGGAAGAAGGAAAAAAACAAACAAACUCCUAAACAACAAACUCAGGUUUUCAAGCUUCCAUGAAGUGUACUAUGCUCUGGCGUUCUUUCUCAGAGCCACCGGAAGCAUUCCUGCCAGCAAAGGUAGUGUUGGUGGUGAGAAGCCACCUGGAAGGACAGACUAACUGAUUUUUCCCCCCAGUUUCCUUUGUGGAGACCGUAUCGGAGCCUGCAAAGGCCUCGAGAGCCCCAAAGAUGAGCGCCAAUGGCAGCUCGGUGGCUCAGCUCCUCUGGCAGCGGCCGGUGUGCAGUAGCUGGAAACCGGAUGUGGAAGGAGCAGUCUACCACCUGGCCAACUGCUUCUUGCUUAUGGGCUUUAUGGCAGGCAGUGGAGUGUAUGGAUGCUUCUACCUUUUCGGCAUCCUGGGCCCAGGCUACCUCUGCUGCGUGCUGUGGGGCUGGUUUGAUGCUUGUGGGCUGGACAUCGUCCUUUGGAACGUCCUCCUGACAGUGGCUUGCCUGCUUCAGCUGGCACAGCUGGUAUAUCGCAUCCGAGUGAAUACCCUCCCGGAGGAGUUCAACCUCCUCUAUAGGACACUGUACCUGCCUCUUCAGGUACCUCUGCAGGUCUACAAGGAGAUUAUCCACUGCUGUCAUGAGCAAGUCUUGACACUGGCCACAGAGCAGACCUAUGCCGUGGAGGGGGAGACACCCAUCAACCGCCUGUCCCUGCUCCUCUCUGGCCGGGUUCGAGUGAGCCAGGAUGGGCAGUUUCUGCACUACAUAUUUCCAUACCAGUUCAUGGACUCUCCUGAAUGGGAAUCCCUGCAUCCAUCUGAAGAGGGGACCUUCCAGGUGACGCUGACCGCCGAGACCGAAUGUAGCUACAUUUCCUGGCCCCGGAAAAAUCUUCAUCUUCUUCUGAACAGAGAGCGAUACAUCUCGCGCCUCUUCUCAGCCCUGCUGGGCUACGACAUCUCCGAGAAGCUCUACACGCUCAAUGACAAGCUGUUUGCCAAAUUUGGGUUACGCUUCGACAUCCGCCUCCCCAGUCUCUACCAUGUUCUGAGUCCCUCAGCCUCAGACGGGGGACCAGAGUCUGAGAAAGAUGAUGAAGAAGCCCUUGAGGCAGCUGUGUCCCCCGCUCAGGCCAGGCCCAUCUGCAUCGUGCCAACGCCCCCUUGUUCCGCGCCUCCAGCUACCACCAACUUCCCUGCGCCUCUGCCCCGGGCCAGGAUGCCCAGGCCAGACAGCGGCACCCUGGGUGAGGACUCCACCAGUCUGGUGCUGGAGGAUUUUGAGGAGGUUUCGGGAUCAGAGUCAUUGAUGGAUUAUAGGAGCGAUGGGGAGUACAUGAGGUGAGGGCGGAACUAACACGGGCACAGUCAUCGGCUCAGGAUCCUAUUGUCUAGAAGUCCUCUCCAGAACUCUUCUCAAGUCAUGUCCGGAGCACAGGCCCCAUUGGCUCCUGCUCACACUCCUGAGCUCUAAGGAUCACAGAGCUGUGGUCUGUCUCUGUGGCCAGAUGGCGCUCCUCCGUAUUCCCUGGAUGGUCACUUGUACUCUCACCCCUCCUCUUAGCCCUCCAGAAAGAUGUGGGGCAAGGUGGGGGAAUGGACAUGACAUGGAGAAACUCACUUUCAGGAGCCUUCCUCACAGGAGGAAGGCACCGGGCCUGACUCCAUCUUUUAUGGGUUGCAGGACAUUGCCAGGUUUAUAGCCUCUGAGCCUGGUCUGUAAGGCUAUGAACUCAAGUCACAGGGUUGUGAGAAUCCAGUGAGCGAUUGGGUUAAAGCACCUAUGACAGGACAUGGCGUCCAACAAGCACGCAAUAAAACACUUCAUGCCUCUCCCUGUGUUGUUGCUUUAAAUUGUCUGAAAGGAUCCAGUGACUUUUACCCGUGGUUAUUUUAUUCCCAAACUUAAGUUUCAAUUGAAAUAGAAAAUGUUAAAUCCCA